AUGACAAGUAAUAGGAAAAAUGCAUUGAAUCCAUAUUCACUGCUUGGAGUGAAAGUGGAUGCAUCCGAGCGGGACAUUAGGCUUGCAUUCUUGAGGUUAGUUAGGAAAUUUCACCCUGAUAAGAACAUUUCUGAACUGAGCCAAGAUAAGGAGAGUGAGAAGGCGAAUCCAGGAGAAAAAGGAAGUGGUGCCAGUAAUGUAAUAGUCAAAUACCAUGCAUUGUACGAGGCAUACUGCAUUUUGAAGGAUCCAGAAAGAAGAAAGGAGUAUGAUUUGUCUGUUUUUAAUGAAUUAGUGGGAAGCGGUAAUAAUAUGGUUUGGCAUAAAUCAGUUAAUUUUGAAGAUCUUGAAUAUAUAAUUGAGGAUGGAAAAGAAAUUUUUGGUUAUUUUUGCAGGUGCGGGGAAUUGAUUUUGAUAGAGAAGGUGCAUAUUGAAGAAGGUUACAAUUUAUUUUGUUGUGAUAGUUGUUCUUCGAAGAUUAUUAUAACUUUUUAA